AUGUCUCCUAAACCCCUCAUCACACACCUCUACACCGCAGACCCAUCCGCCCACGUCUUCGACAACAAACUCUACAUCUAUCCCUCCCACGACCGGGAAACAGAUAUCCAAUUCAACGACAAUGGUGACCAGUACGAUAUGAAUGACUACCACGUCUUCUCCAUGGACUCACCAACAGGCCCGGUAACAGACCAUGGUAUCGUGCUCUCGGCCAAUGAUGUCAAAUGGGUAUCGAAGCAGAUGUGGGCACCAGAUGCCGCAACAAAAAAUGGGAAAUUUUACUUGUAUUUCCCUGCCCGUGACAAGGAGGGGAUCUUUCGGAUUGGUGUGGCUGUUUCGGCUCAGCCUGAAGGUCCCUUUGUGCCGGAGGAUAAUUUCAUUGCGGGCAGCUAUAGCAUUGAUCCUGCUUCUUUCGUUGAUGAGGACGGGGAGGGAUAUUUGUAUUUUGGUGGUUUGUGGGGUGGUCAGUUGCAAUGCUGGAGCAAGAAUGACGCUGGUGGUGGUGAUGAUGCUAUGAACGGAUUGGUCUUCGACGCUUCGAAAUCCGGCCCUCAGGAGCCUUCUGGUGAAGGUGUUGUGGCUCUUGGUCCGCGUGUAGCGCAGCUAUCAGAUGAUAUGCUAUCGUUCAUUGCACCACCACGCGAACUGCAGAUUUUGGCUCCGGAAACUGGGGAGUUGAUUCAGGCAGAUGAUCAUGAUCGACGGUUCUUUGAGGCUGCGUGGAUGCAUAAGUAUAACGGGACUUACUAUUUCUCCUAUUCAACUGGAGAUUCACAUUACCUGGUGUAUGCAACAGGGUCUUCGCCUUUCGGACCUUUUACUUAUCAGGGACGGAUUUUGGAACCGGUGCUUGGGUGGACGACACAUCAUUCUAUUGUUGAGUUUCAAGGGAAGUGGUAUUUGUUUUAUCACGAUUGUGAGUUGUCGAACGGGGUGGAUCAUUUGAGAUCUGUUAAGAUGAGGGAGAUUGUUUAUGAUGAUGAGGGGAGAAUUCAACUGGCUGAAGUUGUAUAG